AUGUUGUUCUCUUCCCAACAAGUUGGGACUCCAUAUUUUCUCUUCCCCACAUACUUAGGAAUUCUCAAUUCAUCUUUCCAACACCUUGAUCCUCACCAAUCACGGUGGAUUGUUGAUGAAAACAAUCCACAACUCCAAUCCCUCCUUCAUAAAGCUACUUCUCUUCAGAAGCUCCUUGAUCGUAAAUCUUCAUUCACCAAACUAGACAGCCAAAUAAGAGAAGUAGCACAUCAAGCUGAAGACAUCCUUGAAUCCCACAUGGUUCGUCACAUGCUCUCUGGAUCUAAUUGCGUCAGAUUCACUCUUUCCAAACCGCGUCUGAAGAAAGUAACACGACAACUUGAUUCUGUUAUGAAGCAAGCGGAGAAGCUGGUGGAGAUGGAGGAUACGAAGAUGCUUCGAGAACUUGAUUCUGCUAUGGAACAAUUGAAGCUCGUGGAGAUGGAGGAUAGGAAGAUGCCGCAAGAGCUUCAUUCUGCUAUGGAGCAACUGAAGCUCGUACUGGAGAUGGAGGAUAGGAAGAUGCCGUCUGGCAGUUCAUCCAGUUCCAAGAAUGCUGUGGUGGUGGGAAUUGAUGAAGAUCUGAUGCAGCUCAAGGAUCGGCUGACCCGUAUGAAGAAGAAGCGGGAGAUCGUCCCCAUCGUUGGUAUGGGUGGAGUAGGUAAAACCACUCUCUCUCGAAAGCUUUAUGAAGAUCCAUUGAUUGUUGAUCACUAUGCAUAUCGUGCUUGGACCACGGUCUCACAAGAUUACAAUAUGCGACAAGUUCUCAAAAGCCUUCUUCGUUGCAUAACUGGAAAAGAAUGUGAUCAACCUACUGAUGAGUUAAAAGAUUUGUUGUAUAAGAGCUUGUUCGGUAGUAAGUACUUGAUUGUAUUAGAUGAUAUAUGGAGUACAAGAUUCUGGGAUGAGAUAAAGAUGGAAUCCGAUGUGGCGAACUAUGCUAGCUCUUCAAGUCCGCAGCAUCAGGUGCGGUUGCUUAGCGAUUCUAAAAGUUGGAAUCUACUUCACCAACUCGUGUUUGGAGAAAAGGAGUUCCCUCUUGUAUUACAAGAGAUUGGUCGAAAGAUUGCCAAGGGUUGCGGUGGGCUUCCUCUAGCCAUAAGUGUGAUUGGGGGGCUGCUAUCUAAGAUGGAAAGAUCUGAAGAUGUUUGGAGGAAAAUUGGGGAAAUUGUAAUAGCAGCAAUUUCUGGAUCAGAUGAGCAAUGCUAUAGUAUAUUGUCUUUAAGUUAUAACCACUUGCCGAAUCACUUGAAACCAUGCUUCUUAUACAUGGGAGCUUUCCCUGAAAACUUUGAGAUUAGAGGCUCCAGACUUGUAUAUAUGUGGAUUGCAGAAGGAUUUGUAAAAUCAAAUGGGGAAAGAAGUUUGGAGGAAGAGGCGGAGGAUUAG